CUUUUAGUUAGUUCAUUCCUUUCACCCAGGGAAUUGCCUCAAUUCCCCCUGUCCUUAGCCAUCAAGUUGUAUAUCCUUUCCUCAACUCAGAAGGAACAGUUUCUGAGAACUACAUCCUUUCCUCAACAGGAUGUUUUACCUAAUGUGGCAGUUCAAACAGUGGAUAAGCUCGAACUUCCUGCCCCUGCAAGUUCUGGUGAUUUCUUUCGUAUGAUCACCUUGGGUGACUCGAGUGGAAAAGAUGCAGGAGUAACUUGAAUACUCAAGUAACCAUUUCGCUUCUAGGGCUUGAGGGACAAAAUAUAGGCUAUCCUGAUAUACUGAUGUGAUCGAGAUCUUUUUCCUGCCUUACUUUUUCUAUGUUUUUCUUCUUCUGGCAUUGGACAGGUGCUGGCUAUAGGAGGAGUUAUGAAAAGUUGUGGCAAGCAAUCUGCAGUGCAGAGUUGCAAAAAGAGGAAAUUGAGUUCUCUGGCAUCUGUUGGGAAAGAGAAAGUUACUGUUGCAAAGGACAAUACUAAACGCGGAGAUGCUGGUCUGGUUAGUGCAAAUUUUUUAAUCGAUGCAUUGAAGAAAAGAGCUGAACAGAUAGGCAUCUCUUUUAAAGAGAUCCGUGACCUUCACACAGAGAGCAAGCUCCUAUGUUGCCACUUUAAUUCACAAGGAGAGUUGUUGGCUACUGCUGGACACGACAGGAAGCACGUUACAGACGUCCAUUUUAGACCAAAUUCAAUGGUGUUUGCAACAUCUUCCUUUGACAGAACUGUGAAGAUAUGGAAUGCAGCCAAGCCAAGGAACCCUUUCCUAAACCUUGUCGGGCAUGAUGAGCAUAUUAUGUCGAUUGAUUUUUAUCCAUCAACGGCGGGUCUCCUCAGUUCUUGUGCUAGCAAUGGUGAUAUUAGACUGUGGGAUGUCAGUAGAGGUGAUUACGAACUCAUUCUAAGUACGAGUGUGGAGGAAGAUCAAGGUCUCCAAAUCCAUUCUCGAUCAAAGGCUGCCAAGAGAAAGUUUUUAAGACUUGAACUGGUCAUUCUUGAUUACAUGGCUAAGAGAGGUCUCAAUCAGAUGGGUGAGGUAUUUGGCAGAGAAAUUAUUACUAAUCCAGAUCCUGUUGCUAUUAAUGCUCCGGAACGAUUUCUCUUAGAGUUGUGGAAUAUAUUUUAUGAAAUACUCAGCUCUAGCUUCCUUGAGGUUGCUCUACUCGCUGCCAAAUCCUUCGAUAAGGUUGCGCAAACAGUGGAAAACAUUGUGCCUAAUAUCAAUCCUGAAAAUUCAACUUAUGCUCCUAAUCAUACGGGAGCAAAAAUCUCUAAUGUGAUGCCUGUGAUGCCGUCACCUCAUUUGAUGGCAUCUUCUCAUGUGAUGGAAUCCAUCGGUCCUGAUCUUAUGGGUGAAAUGUGUGGCAUGCUUCCAUUUGCAAGAAAUUCUGAAAAAGUCCCCUGUGAAACUACCUCGUCCAAAACGCUAUGGAUAACAACACUCAGCAGUCCGGUGGUACCUACGACAACCCUACCACCACCUCCUUGAGAAACAGGAGCAGCAGCUAGAGAUGUUCUGGAACUACCAGCGCCAAGAAAUUGAGAAUGUGAAGGAUUUUAAGAACCAUCAACUUCCCCUUGCCGGCAUCAAGAAGAUCAUGAAAUCUGACGGGGAUGUCCACAUGAUUUCCGCUGA